UCAACGCCGCUGUUAUAUGCUGCAUCUAGCGGGCAUGAGGAGAAAGUGCAGCUUCUGCUAGAGGCGAGGGGCAUCGAUUCAAAUGCUCAAGACAAGAGUGGUCGGCCGCCCUUAUUAAUCGCUAUUUCUUUAGAAAUGGUGCGCAUGCUUGUAAAUGCUAUAAGCUAUCAUGACCGGACAGCAAUCUCGUGGGCUGUAGAACACGGCUACGUUAUAGCUAUAAAACUACUGCUUUAUGUUGAUUAUACAGAUUCGAACAGCAAAGGUCAUAGUAGCCAGACGACGCUUGCUCGAGCCUUAGACAACGGGCACGAAACGGUAGUUAAGCUCUUUGCUUAUAGAGAUACCACCACCAUAUAUACACUCAUUCAAGAAGGCUAA